CCAGAAAAGAUGCUAGCAAUAUCCUCUCCUUUGUUCUCCACAACCUAUGGAUGGCCAUCGGAUAAUCUCACUCCCCAAAAUCUUCAACAGGAUUGCAAUAAUAUUUCUAUGGAGUUUGAAGCUAAUUCAUAUGAUUCCCUUCUUGAUUUUCAUACAUAUAAUCAAAUGCAACAAGAGGUUGCACCGGAAAAUUCCGUAUCCAUUUCUUCUGAAGGAGUUGUAAGUGAAAAUAUUGAUGAGCCUUAUGUUAAGGUGGUCAAAAAGCUAAAACAUAAUGCUAGCGAAAGAGAUCGUCGAAAGAGGGUUAAUGAUUUGUAUGCGUUUCUCCAUUCACUUCUACCCAAGUCAACAAAUCAUAAGAAAAAGGUAAGUAUUCCACAGACAGUAUCACGCGCAAUGAAAUACAUACCUGAACUACAAAAGGAAGUCGAGGCAUUAAUAUGUAAAAAAGAAAAUCUUUCAUCUUCUUCAUCUACGAUCGCUAACACGAAGAAAGAUUAUCUCAGAAUCAAGAAACAAACUGCUGAAGGUGCUAUAAUUGAUAGAACAUCAUCAGUAGUUUCUUCGGUGAGAGUUUUAGGUGUGAAAGAGGCUGUAAUACAACUUAUUUACUCAAGAGAACAUAUGAGCAAGAACAAAGAUAUUAGCUUCUUGUCUAAGGUUGUUGAAUUCUUUGAGCACAAAGAAGAUGCUGUUUUGCUAAACUCAUCGACCCUCAUAGGUUCCGGAGAAGGGAUGUUAUUAAGCACUCUUCAUCUUCAGGCUCAAGGUGAUACUAAAUUAGAGGCUGAAAGAUUGGAAGAGAUGCUUCGCUCUUUUCACCAACAAUGAUCAAGACCAACAUUUAAUGGCACAAUUCGGUUUCUAACAUAAGUUGCAGUUGACCAAAUAGAUCAUGUUAAUUGUAAAACCUGUCCAUUUGUAGAUACAAUAUAGUAUCAGUGUGGAAUGAUUAUACUUUGCAUUGUAAAGUGAAUUUGAUUAUUACUUCUAGCUA